GCUGAAGAUUUGAAAUAAAUUUUUCCUGAAUUUAUCGAAUAUUUCACAAUGGUCGACAUUAAAAAGUGUUUCUACACGACCAUCCUCUCCCAAACCAUUUCAACCGACGGAAAGUACCUAUUUUGUGGAAGUAAUUUCGGAGAAAUUCUUGUUUACAGUAUUGAACGCAUCGCAUCCUGCUCAGAAACGAUCACCAAUGAUCCGGACAGGCUUCCGACCGAUCCGCAGCUGGUGUUCUCCCUUCCGGAAAAGUGCCAAGUGUACAGCCUUGCCUUCCACAAGGACUUCCUGAUCGUCGGACUCAACGGAGAAAUCUGCGGAUACCAGUGGAACGGCAAAAAUGGAACCAUCGGGAAAAAAACGUGGACCGUAAAGCUCCCCGCUUCGACUGAGUACACCGACAUCAACGAAAUCAACUAUCUAUGGAUGGACAAGGAUGAGGAAAUCUUGUACGCCGGUUGUGGGGACAAUGUCAUGUACGCCGUUUCGCUGGAAGACGGAAGAGUGAUCCGUCAGUACCAGGGUCACGUGGAUUACAUCCACUGCGUUUCGGGAUGUGCCGGAAAAAUUGCCACCGCUUCCGAAGACGGCAGCAUCCUGCUGUGGGACGCGCGUCAGGCUAAGUUCACCAGUAAGAUCGAACCGCACACGAGUCAGGCGCUGAACCGGUCUGAGUUUGGCAAAUGGCAAGGAACGGUUUCGAUUACCGAGGACUGGCUGGUGUGCGGUGGUGGUCCGCGCUUCUCGCUGUGGCAUUUACGAUCGCUUGAGUGCACAACGGAUUUCGGCUUUCCGGAUAGGAUUCACGUGUCCGGGUUCAUCGAUGACAUAAUUUACGCUGGAGGGGACUGCAAGAAUCUGUACCAGUACAGUUUCAAUGGGGACGUGACGGCGGAGAUUCCGCUUUCGGCACCGGCCGUGUACAGCGUGGUGCAGCAAACCGAGCCGAACAGGUUUAUGGCCAUCGCCGGAGCAGCAAGUCAGAUCGAUGUGUGCACGAACUUUAGCUACCGGGACAUCGUGUUGAAUGCGUACAAGAAGUAG